CUCGCAUGCCGCAGGCUGCCCGCGCUGGGGGUGAGGGCAGGGACAGCCCCUGCAGCUGCCCAGGGCAGAGCUGCGUGGGCAGGAGGAGGCGCUGUGGCCCCAGCCUGGUGUCGGGGUGGAGGAGCUGCCAUGGCCCACAGCCGCUCUCGGAAGCGAUCGCGGAGCAGGAGCAGGAGCAAUUCCCGGAGCAGGCAGGAGAGGAAGGAGAAGAAAAGGAGGAAGAGCAGCAAGGACUCGCAGCAGGGCAGCAGCUCUCCCCCAAGGAAGAGGAUCUCUGGCUCUCAUGGACACAAGUCGAGCUUGGCAGCAGCCAGGGAAGAAAAGAAGAAGGAAGGAAAGGACAAAAAGAAGAGGAAGGCCAGUACCUCUUCCUCUGGAAAUUCUUCGUCCACCAGCUCUUCCUCAUCUUCCUCUUCCUCCAGCUCCUCUUCUGAUGACUCCAGUGACAGUGACUCCAAAAUGAAGAAGAGUCAAGAUAGCAAAAAAAAGCGAGCGAAACAGAAAGACAAAAAGAAGAGGAAGAAGAAGAAGAAAAAAAUAAAGAAGAAAUCAAAAAAGAAGGCAAAGGAGAGGGCUAAGGAGGAGAAAGCCAAGGGAGAGGAGGUGCCUGGCCCUUCAUUGGAGCAGUGGCAGAAGGAGUCAGGGGUGGAGCCUGGGCCAGUUCUGACAGAUGAGCAGAAGUCCCGGAUCCAGGCUAUGAAGCCAAUGACAAAGGAGGAGUGGGAUGCGAGGCAGAGCGUCAUAAGGAGAGUGGUGGAUCCCGAGACGGGGAGAACCAGGCUCAUUAAAGGGGACGGGGAAGUCCUGGAAGAAAUUGUCAGCAAGGAGAGACACAAGGAGAUUAACAAGCAAGCCACACGUGGGGAUGGGCUGGCCUUCCAGGUGAGGACAGGGAUGCUGCAGUGAGGGCAGGCAGCAGCCAGCCCAGGAGCCCAUCCUGCUGCCCCUGCCAGCCCAGGGGAGCCUCUGCCUCUGGACCACACAGACAGCACCGUGUCAAGAUGUUCCCCAGGGGCCCUUUCCAGCUGCUCUGUAAGUUACUGACUGGGAAGGAGAGCGACUUUAGUAGUUCAUCUCCCAGUAAACAGCUUCUCCCCUCCCUGUCCCAGCUCAGGCCAGUGUGGCUGUAAUGUACCUGAGCCAUUUGCCCCAUGCUCCUCUGCAUGUUGGGAGGAGCUCAGCAGCACCCAGGGGAUGGGUUUGAGGGUGCUGAGCACCUCAUGGCUCUCUGGGCUUUAGGGGCCAUGAGCCAAUGCUGUGGCCAGGACAGGGUGUGUACCAGGGCCACAAAACUCACAGCUGGCUGCCACUUCCUCCAUUCAGGGGCUGCCCAUGGCCCUUUCCUUGCUGGAUCUGGCUCACAGGCCCUUUGCACUCACUGACCCUGCUCAGAGAGGAGUGGCUGUGGUCAGGCUGCAGCUCCUCUGCACCCCCAAGUGCCACCCUCCACUGUGCCCCAGGGCUUCUCCCAGCCUUCCUGCAGCUUCACCUCCUUGGGUAGGGGAGCACUGACCUGGCACACUGCACUGGUAUCUGUGCAGGUGUGCUUUGUGGAGGGGUGGCUUUGCCUUUGCUCUCUGCUCCUGCAUGCAACUCGUGUCCCUUCCCCACAGCACAGGCCCCGCGCAGCGCUGGGGCUCUGGGCUUCUCGGGGCCCAGGGCUGCUCUGAAGCAAACACCUACAAACUGUAAAAAAGAAAAGGAUAAAUGGGUUAAAGGACUGAUCUCCACAGAGGGUUUCCACAUUCUGUUCAUGUCUGUAACCCAAUAAACUGGCACCUGCUCACA